GGGGGUAUGGCAGGUUUGGAGCUAAUUUAAAUGCUGACUGAAACCGCUUAUAUAAAUGUGUAGCCUCCGAGACAUCGUCAUGGUGAAAUUUAUUUUCAUACUUUUAUGUUGGAGCAGUUCUAUGUUUCUUGUUUGAAUGUUGAAUUAAGGAGUACAGCUUUCUAGUUAAAUUAGUGCUGGGUUUGUAACUAUUUUGGGCAUCAAUGUCACUUAGAUUUAGGAUGUCUUGCUAGGGAGCGUGGAUGGUAACUUGUAUUUUCCAGUACCAUCCAUGAACAUGCUCAAUCAAACCGAGUCUGCAUCAAAUUUAAAUAAUUUUGCCUUCUUGGGCUUUUUUAAGGAUUCUGUAUUUCUCUUUUUUCUUGAUACUGGUUAUAAGCCUCCUUAGCCAUUUCCACACUACAUGUAGAUAUUUCAUGUCAAGAAACUUUUUACGAUCAGAAGAUGAUCUUGAAGUGGAAUUUUUAACCUUAAAUUUAAUUUUAAAAACCCGCUUUCUUUUUCUGAUCAGUCUCUUGCCCAGGGAAAGUGAUCAAUAACUGAAGUUUGUUAAUGGAAUCCAUCUUUCAGUAAGAGAGUUAAUUGUCUGAGAUUUUUUUCUUCAUAACUCCUCAAUAUUAAGUGCAGAAUAUUUUCUAUUUGUCUUCAUAACGCAGGAUCAAAUGAAAACAAAAUAAUAAAAUGGAGGUUAUAAUAAAUAAAUCGAUACGAUAAAGAUUUGGAAGCUUGAAGUAAGCAGAUUAAUAAUUCAAUCCGGAUGGGUAACCUUUUAGGAACUUCCGGGAAAAUGGCCGCUAUUUUAUUUCUCGAAACUUGAAAAUUGAAAGUUACUAAUUUUUAUUUUUAUAUCCACGUCAUAUAACGUAGAAGUGACUUCCUUUUUGGGGAUUGAAAAGUAAAUUUGAAAAUGAAUUUACAGAUGCCUAGAAAACGAUUAGCACGAAUUCGUUGCCUUCAGGAAUGUAUUCGUUGCUUCAAAGAGGGCAAGAAACUUCCAGAGUGCGUGUGUUACGUACCAUCUGAGGUCAAAUAUCAGUGUAAUGCAACAUGUUUUCUUCAAGUCUACAGUGAACCAUCAAUCAACAGUAAAAGGAUAAGGGAUCUGACUGGCAGUGCAGAGUCAACUUUGUCUGCAAGUGGUGAAGAAAUGUGCAAUGCUGGUGGAAAAUGGUUAAAAGUUGUCAAGUUCAAGGGAAGCAGCAAAGAGGAAGAAAUAGUGUUUGACACUGAUGCCUGGAUAAUGUUGUUUAGCUGCAAGACACCAGCAGAGGACCUACUCAAUCUUACUGAAGUGUCACUGAAGCCUCAGUCUUCAAUAAGUAGCACAGUUGUUGUCAACAAAUGGUCAGAUGCUGUGGUUCAUCAUUUUUCUUUAGAUUUGCGUAAGAAGAGUGUAAAUGUGAUAUUACCUGAUGUAGAGGCAGUUGCUAGGUUACAAAAUUUGCCACAAAAUUGGACAAUAGAACAUGAUGAGGCUCUAGUUCGCCUAAUGUCAAAAUAUUUAUCACCCGAGAAUGAACAAUUAGGAAGUAUUAAAAAUUAUGUGGAUUCUAUAGAUGUAUCAUCAUUCACAGAUGAAAACGGUCCAGGAUGUUUAACAGAUGGGGACCCUGAUACAUGGUGGGAGAGUGAUGGAAGUCAGGGACAACAUUGGAUACGUCUCAAAAUGAAAAAGGGCACAAUUAUAAAAAAGUUACAGAUAGGUCUAGAUAGUUCAGACGACAAUUACCUCCCUUCAAAGAUAUCCGUACAAGGCGGUGAUGCAGAUAGUCAGAAAACUCUCAACUCUAUGACCAUUGACUGGGAUUCCCAAGAUGUUGGUCCUCUUACUGUAUUGGAGAACAUGACAGAACACUAUGCUAUUAUCAUCAUAAAAAUCAAGGAUUCCGGAGGUAUAGACACAAGAAUCAGAGAUCUAAAAAUAGUAUCAACAGAGGAGAGAACUUCAGGUUUUGAUAGAGAUUUCUUCAAGGGAGAAAACUUGUGUAGAUAUCCUAUCCUAGAAACGUACAAAGCUGAAGAAUUAUACUACAGAUCACAGAUGUUACAAAGGUUCUUAGAGAUUGUAGAUAGUGUUUUACAGUACUUAGUCCCUGCUUGGGAAUAUUCUAUAGGAUCUUACAGCUCUUUAGAAUUUGUUAGACAAUUAUUACCAUUAUCUAAAAAGAGAUUAUGCCUCAUAGACACAUUUCUUAAAGAAUCUUCUUCCGAUAGACCAAGUGAUAUGCCUAAAUUGUAUAUAAAUCGCCGUGCUGCUAUGGAACAUAAAUGUGAUCCUACCUCUGACCCUGAAUACAAGAACUCUAUUUUUACGCAAAUUUAUGAUGGACUCAAGCCUAAAGACAGAACAUCAGUCCCUCUUAAUUACAG